AUGAGUGAAUAUUAUCACCAUCUUCUCUCGUCCAUGUCAGGUGCUGGACAAAUCAGCAGUCCCCAGGAUGCCCCACAGCAAGCAACAUCGACGACCAGCGUAGGAGGCGGAACUGGCAUCGCCGGUUCAUACCAAAACAUUGGCUAUUUCACGGGGUUCCCGGAGCCUAUCAUGUUCAACAGUGUGCCCAAGGCUUCAAGAAGUCGUCGAAAAUCCGCACAAGGUGUAGACCACGUCAAGCAUCGUCGCACAAGGUCUGGAUGCUUCACUUGCAGGACUAGGCGAGUAAAGUGCGACGAGACACAUCCAAUCUGUGAUAGAUGCCGAAAAGGCAAACGACUAUGCAACUACCCAACCGAUUCGCCAACGACUCAGUCAUCCACAUCGUCGACCAAGGAUGCAUCAGGUACUAGCCAGCUUCAUAGUCCUGCCUCAUCCCACGACGAUCGCGAAGACCAUGACGACGACAAUGACCAUGAUCUCAAACUGGAUACGAUCAUAGACGAGGAGGAACCGGACGAAUCAACCCCCUCAGCCCAGUCCAAGUCAAGAUCUUCAGCUCGCCGAGCAAGCGCCGCCUCGAAACUGCACAGGAUAAAGACAUCAGUUGGUCGGCAAGGGUCAGAAACACCAUCCCUCGAAGGCACCAAAGUCUCGUCGCCAGCCACGUCCACAGGCACAGCCAGCGUGACCCCGGCAGCAUAUAAUUUUCCUGAGCUGACCGGCCUUGGGAGCAGUGAGCGGCCGGAAUGGGCACAUCUAUCCCAAGAUGUGCGCUUUUACCUUGGCUACUUUUGUGAGCAUCUGACCAACUACCACUACGGCAUACUCACGGACGCCCAUGAUUUUUUCGGAAACAUACUUCCUGCCCUUGCGCUCGAGAACGAUGCUCUCCUAUACGCCCUCGUGGGGUUUGCUGCCUACCAUUGUACCCUCCGAAAUCCUCGCGGAAAGAUGCACCAGUUUCUACAGUACUACAAUAAGAGCGUCACAAUUCUACUCGGCUUUCUCAAACGCAAAGAAGAUCACAGCCCCGCAACGCUACUGACAAUUCUGCAACUGGCAACAAUAGAGAUCCUCCAGAUCCCCUGCGAGCUUCGGCUAGCGCCUGCGCCGGAACUGACACUGACGUUACAACCCGCUACCAAGGAAUAUCUUGGUGAUUGGAUCAACCUAAUGGGACACCAACGAGCAGCAUUCGAGGUUCUCACCAAGCUAUACACUCCGCAGUCGAUAAUCGAAACCCCAACUGGUCGGACCAUCUUGUCAUGGUAUAACAGAUACGACGUCUUUGUCGGUUUGAUGGGUGGCUUUGCAGCGGCUCUACCAGAAGAUUGGUUUACAUCCCUGGUAUCCUAUUACCACUCGAUGUCAUUACAGGAUCCCACGAACCCACUUUGGAAAAUUGAGGAGUGCUCGGCGCGUCUACGUCUUCUUUCAAGAGAAGUGUCUCUUUUGGUGGCAAAGCAGUCUGCUACCCCGGACCAAAGCUACCUGGACCAACAUGCCAGUAUAUCUCAGCGGCUUGGAGCAUGGAGGGAUGGAUGGGACCCUGCGCUCUCCGAUCCAGCUUACCUGGUGCAAGACCUCGGCGAACGGGCAGCUGAGAGACCCGAAAGCAUCGUAGAUGUUUCGGUGCCAGGGAGUUUAUACCAGGAACCACUAUUCCCUGUCACGCUUCUCUCAUGCGAGUGGCAUACUGUAGUCAUUCUUCACGAGUGCCAAAGGGCCGAUAUACCGACAAAAGGCGACGGAACCGAAGAACUUCAAGCUCGGCUUUCAGAGCAAGCUUUUGCCAUCUGCCGCAUCGUCGAGUCGAUAGAGUUAUGGCCUUCCAGCCCUCGGGGUAGCCUGAUAUUAACACAAGCCUGCUUGGCACUUGCGGCCCUAUUCCUCCCACAUGACGCGAAGCACCAAAUAUGGAUUCGUCGCAAGUUUGCCUUGCUCGAAGCAUUGGGAUGCAUAUUUCCCAUAGGCAUGCGAAACAUGAUGGCCGAUCUUUUUGAAGAUCCUACCUGUGUCAGGUGGUGGCUUCCUAACAAUGAAGGAUUCAGUCCUGUACUAAGAGCCGUUCGCGCCUUUGCGGACGAACGAAACGCAACAUCGGUCUCGGCACAGUCUGAGAACGCCCCCGACGUCAGGCACAUAUUCUCCAAGCUACAUCUCAGCGGGCUGGCUAAGAGAGGCCUUUCCACAACCCUUGCCGAGACCCAUUCCCCAACAACAACAACAACUGAAAAGAUGAGCAAGGGCAAAGGAAAGGCUUGAUAUUGAGCCUGAUCUAAAAAAGUCUCUUUGCAGGAGAAGACUACUGGGGAGACAUGAAAAAGAAACACGAAAAAAAGGACAAGCCAACAGAGUUGUGACAUUGUGCCUACAAGCAGCCUGCAACUGCAUUGAUAACGCAACACGCCAAGCGACACGCUGAAGAACACAGCCGACCGACCUCAGUAACCAUGUUCCACCAAAAAUUCUUGUACCUAUUUUGCAACUUGUUACUUUCUUGUCACUUUUUUUCCCUCCCAUUUUCUCUUACUGUAAUAUAAUACCUAAUUUCUUUUUUCUCUGCCACUUGUCAAACUGCGACGCUGACCCGCAGUUUGUCGAACGCUUUCCGGUAUCCGAGAAAGACAAGAAAAAAAAGAAAAAGAAAAAAAAAACCAAAAAAC